AUGGCUGACGCUCCUGCCCCUGAGGCUACCAAGCCUGUCGAGCAGCCUGCCGCCGCUACUCCGGCCGCCCCCGGUGGCGAGGACGUCGGCGAGGCCGGCCCCUCGAAGAAGGCGCUGAAGAAGGCCGAGGCCAAGGCCAAGAAGGAGGCCGAAAAGGCGCGCCGCGCCGCCGAGCACCAGGCCAGCCAGGCCGCCGCCAAGGCCGCCGCCGGCAGCGCCGAGGACCUGGCCAAGGACAGCUACGGCCCCGUGACGCCGACGACCAAGGUCGACAGCGCGCGCGCGCACCUCAAGGACGUCGACGCCUCGCUCCUCGGCAAGACGAUCAAGCUGCGUGCGUGGGUGCAGAACUCGCGCAUGCAGGGCGCCAAGAUGGCCUUUGUGGAGCUGCGCGAGGAGCGCGACUGGGCGAUCCAGGGCGUCGUGGCCGCGUCCGCGGAGGGCACGCCGGUCAGCAAGCAGAUGGUCAAGUGGAUCGGCGCGGUCAGCCUGGAGAGCUUCGUGCUGGUCGAGGGCCGCGUGGAGCGGCCGCUGGAGCCGGUCAAGAGCGUGCGCGUGUCCGAGUUUGAGCUGCACAUCACCAAGUGCUACGUGGUGUCGCGCGGGCCCGAGGUGCUGGGCAUGGGCCUGGCCGUCUCGGGCCGGCCCGUGGCCAACUUUGACGACGAGGAGCCUUCUACUGAUGCCGGCGUCGAGGCGGCCACCAAGGCCGUCGAGGCGGCGUCGUUGGAGCCGGGCGCGGCGCUGCCGGGCGCGUCCAUGGCGACGCACCUGAGCAACCCGGCGAUGCACAAGCGGUCGCCGGUGCAGCAGGCCAUCGCGGACGUGCGCGUCGCGACGCGCAAGCUGUUCGCCGAGUACCUGGACGCGCAGGGGUUCAACCAGUUCGAGCCGCCGUGCCUGAUCGGCGCGGCGUCCGAGGGCGGCUCCAACGUGUUCGGCUUGCCGUACUUUGACCGCCAGGCAUUCCUGGCGCAGUCACCGCAGUUCUACAAGCAGAUUGAAAUUGCCGGCGGCCGCAAGCGCGUGUACUGCAUCGGCCCCGUGUUCCGCGCCGAAAACUCCAACACCCCGCGCCACAUGACCGAGUUUACCGGUCUUGAUUUGGAAAUGGAAAUCGAAGAAGACUACACCGAGGUCCGCGACAUGCUCGAGCGCACGCUGCUGCACAUCUUCCGCGGCCUCCGCGAGCGCUGCGCCGAGCAGAUCGCGCUCAUCCGCACCGUCUACCCGUCCGAGGAGUUCCUCCUGCCGGCUCCUGGCCAGGAGGUACGCCUCACCUUCGCCGAGGGCCAGGCGCUGCUGCGCGCCGAGGGCCCCGCCGAGUACCGCGACGCGUCCGACUCGGAGGACAUGUCGACGCCGCAGGAGAAGGCGCUGGGCGCGCUGAUCCGCGCCAAGUACAAGACGGACUUUUACGUGCUGGACAAGUUCCCCGAGGGCGCGCGCCCCUUCUACGCGCUGGAGGACCCGGCGGACCCGCGGGUGACCAACGCGUACGACUUCUUCAUGCGCGGGCAGGAGAUCCUGUCGGGCGGGCAGCGCAUCCACGACCCGGAGGUGCUGGCGGCGCGCAUCCGCAAGAAGGGCGUCGACCCGGACAGCCCGGGCAUCAAGGAGUACGUGGACGUGUUCAGGAGCGCGGGCGUGCCGCCGCAUGGUGGUGGCGGCAUCGGCCUGGACAGGGUGGUGGCGUGGUACCUGAACCUGCCGAGCGUGCACCUGUGCAGCUACUACCCGCGCACGCCGAAGCGCCUGACGCCGUAA